UUACAGUUGGCCGUGAAUGAGGCUGUGCUUAGCCAAAGAGCUGUGUCUGACUGUGUUGCCAUCGGGCGGAAGAUUGUUGGACAUUUUAAGCACUCCGAAGUAGCGUCCACCGCCCUGGAAAAGUUACAGGCAAACCUGCGAAAGGGAACAACAACCACUACUACCACCACCAGUACACGACUCCAACAGGACGUGGCCACACGUUGGAACAGUACAUUUUACAUGCUUAAGAGUCUGGUGGCGCAGAAGCAAGCUAUUGCAGCUUAUGCAGUAGAAUACAAGUUACCAGCAACACUCAACUCCCACCAAUGGGCCCUGGUUGAAAACAUGUUGACCAUCCUCGAUCCGUGUGAACAGCUGACUAGAAAUAUUAGCAAAACUACAGCCACAACGGCAGAGUAAUCCCCUCCAUCCAAGCCUUAACGCGCCUGCUAAAACAAACUGUUUCAACAGACCACGGAGUGAAAACUUCAAAGGAGACCCUGUUAAAAGCAAUCCAAACACGUUUUGGUGACAUCGAGGAAAAGCCCUUGUAUUAUCUCUCAACGCUAUUGGACCCGAGGUACAAGGACCGCUACUUCACCCUUGCAUCAAAACGGCAAGCUAUAGAAAUGCUGCGGGAACAGCUGCACAGCGUCGUCGAGAGAGACCGCCGUGCCACAGACACCCCCGGCCCCCAGCCAGACGAGCCACCGGCAAAGAGCAGCAGGGGAGACGAGAACAACAACUCCUUCUUGGGCAUGUUUGAGGCAAUCCUCGAAGAAAAUACAGAUGCUGCAACUGAACUCCAGGAAAACAGCAGAGUGGAUGCGAACCUCCAGUCAUAUCUGUCGGAGGCCACGCUUCCCAUGAACCGUUGCCCGCUGGAAUACUGGAGAAGCAACCAGUCCCUUUACGAGUGCCUGGCCCAACUUGCUCGUAAAUAUCUGUUGGCUCCUUGCACUAGCGUUGACAGCGAGCGUUUGUUUUCUGCUGCUAGACACGUGAUGACCCAGCAAAGAAACCGACUCGCAUGCGACAAGGCAGAGAUGCUGCUCUUCGUUAAAAUAAAUCUCCCUCUGAUCAAACCAGAAUUUUUUAAAAAGUAGAACUUUAGAAGAAUAGCUACCUGCUCUAAAGGGAGCUAAAGUAACAAUGCAGGA